GGAGGAGGAGGUGUAUGUGGAGCUGAAAGGCUCCUGGGACUCAGAUCUGUCUGACAGGAGAGGGAAUUAGAGAAGAGAGGACCAUUACAGCAGCUCUCAGGGAAAUACUGGCUGGAUUAUGAGCUGAAAGAGGGACAGACGUGGACAAAACCCGACCAGAAGGACUUUAGAGAGAGAGAGAGGCUCGGUGGAGAGUUAGAGACUUUAGAGAGAUUUAUUUGACUUCAUAAAGACAGUUUGUGUGUUUAGCGAGCAGCUGCCUGUAUUAAUGCUCUCCUGUGUUUGUGUCGCUCAAAAUGCAUUUGCGAUAAUGUUUCCAUGAACCAUAGAAGGAAGUAGUUUGCAUUGACAGGAUAUCCAGAGUCAUAUCGCUCGUUUUGUGGGAGUCAUUUGAGUUUGUUACCGGGGGAUCGGACACUUUGAUCCGGGCACUAUGAUCAGCUCAGAGGGUUUACGGCCGGCCACCUCGGGCAGAAAGCCCCUGGGUAAGCUCGCCACCCGGCUGGAGGAGGUGAAGAACCCGUGGAGACAGGGCUCCACGCUGGAGCUGAGCCACAACGAGGCGGCCCGGCUGGCCACGGACGCGCUGCUGGAGCACGGAGAGAAGGAGUACCGCAGGGUUCUGGCCGAGGAGAGGGAGCUCAACUUUCUGUCCCCGCUGGAGAUCCGGUACAUCACCAAACAUGCAGCCAAAGCGGGCGGAUCAGAGAGCAACGGACUGGGACCAAACGACCGGGACUUCGGGGACGGGGACGCAGUGUCCGAGCUCACCUCCGGGACUUACUUCCCCAUGAUGUCCGACGAGGAGCCGCCGAUGCUGGAGCUCGGAUGGCCGGACUCCCCGGCGAGAUACGGACCGUCAGAGACACAGAUCUACUUCCAGAGAGACAAGUCCCACAAUGUCAAAGACCUGAUCAGAUCUCUGAUCAAUAAAGCCAAAAAGGUGAUCGCCGUGGUGAUGGACGUGUUUACAGACGUGGACCUGCUCUGUGACCUGAUGGAGGCCUCCAACAAACGCAGAGUCCCCGUCUACAUCCUGCUGGAUGAGAAAAACCUGGACUACUUCACAGACAUGUGCUCAGCGCUCGACAUCCAAAACUCACACCUGAGUAACAUGCGUAUCCGCAGUGUCAAUGGCGACACGUACUGCACCAAGAGCGGCAAAAAAUUCACCGGUCAGGUCCUGGAGAAAUUCAUGAUCAUCGACUGUGAGGAGGUCAUCGCCGGGUCAUACAGUUUCACCUGGCUGUCAGCUCAGGUGCACAGCAACAUGGUGAUGCAUUUCUCUGGCCGUAUCGCCGACAGCUUCGACCGGGAGUUUCGCUGCCUGUAUGCCGACUCGCAGAUCAUCGACUGCUUCUUCAACUCAGAGGAGGAAGGGAUGCCUUAUUACCCGUCAUACCAACCCAUGAUGGGCCCCGGCAUGGGCAUGGGCAUGGGCAUGGGGAUGGGCCCCGUCAUGGGGCUGGACUUACUCUCUGACAGGCAGAGGGACAGAGGCUGCUCUGAAAACUCCAGCAGCCAAUCAAGUAACAGCGUGUCGAGCGUGAAGGCUGCACCAGGGAUGACCCCUAACACGGUUUACAAGGUGACUCAGAGUCACGACAAGAAAGAGGCCAACAACAACUCCCACCUCAGCCCUGAGAGGAGAGACCGAGGAGGAGGACAGACCCCGACACCUCAGGGUCACAUCACACCAGGAUCACGAGGCUCUGCAAACGGAAUGUCCAGUCACAGCCCGGCGAUGGACCGACCGCCGCCCCCAUACGGUCAUCAAAUGGGCAUCGAGUGGAACAAGCCCAGCCCGGCAGACGUCAUGCGCUCUAACAUCGCAGGAACAUCCACAAAGUUCCAGGCGCUGGGGUUGUAUGACCACAAACCAAACAUGUUUCAUGGCGCCGGGAUUGGUCCAGGCACCCCCAACUCAAACAUGAACCCCAAACCACAGGCCCCCUCCCCCGUCGAUGAUGGCAAAUUCAACCCCAAACAGAGGACUCCCUCCAACCCGUUCCUCAACAAACUCUCAGACUUUUUCCUUCCCCCUUCCAACAAAGAUGCCUACAACUUUAGGAGAUCCCCGUCCCCUCACGGCACUACAACCUGGGGGGGCCCAGACCUCUCCCAAACUGAGCCAGAGAGCCAGCAGAGCCCCCCGCCCCCACCCUCUCCGGUCACAGUGAUGAACCGACAGGACCAGAAACGAAUGACGCUGGGCCACAGUAAGCUGGAUCUGGUCAACCAGUACAACAAGAUGAAGUCCAAACAAGUGUACAGUCGCUUUGAGCUCAAGACAUCUAACUAAACCCUGAUGGAGUGUAAAAGUCCAGUUCAGACCAAAGAUUCACAAUACAAGCAGACCAAUUUAGUCUAUGUAAGGUGCUCAAAUCAGGUUGGCUGAUGGUGUCACCAGUGAUUCAUUUUGUCAAGUCACCAACAGCUGGUUUAAGAUGUGUCAUUUUUCAGCCAGUCAGGGUAAUAUUUCCAGCAUCAAGCUCACAGCAGAAAUUGAUGUAAACCCCCUUGGUUUUCUGUUGAUUCACCCACAGACAGCUCCGAAGCCUGGAUCCUCACAUGUUUCCAUAUUUCUGCUUUUUUGACUAAACCAGAACUGUAUGCAACAAGCUAUGGGUGGCUAAAAGACAGGCAUAGAAAGCAGCAGCGGAAACUGUAGCUAUGGAAACAAUACAUCUCCAGUUGCAGCGGUGUCAGCGGACAGGCUUUCAGGAAGUUGCAGGGCAACCUGCUGCAAGCGGUUACAAGUUUCAGCUGUUUACAAAUCUUUGGUCUGAACUGGGUCAAAGGGCCACAUUGAGAAAAUCAGCUGAGAUAUCAUGACUAAAGUUGGCAAAUUAUAAGAAUAAAGUCAAUAUUUCAGGGAUAAAGUAGCGAUGGACAGAAAACCAGUAUUGAAACUAAACUGUAAAUUAACAACUUCUUGAAAGAUUUUGAAUUUGUUUUCAUAAAAUGACAACCCAACUGACCCAACCAUUGGACUUCAUUGUUUUAUGACUUUAUCCUCAAAUCACUGGGACUUUUCUGACCUUAACUUGCUACCUUAUUCUUGGCAUAUAUAACUGUAUUCUUGUAAAAUAACUUGAAAUCUCAAACUCUUUCGAUGUGGUCCAAACAGUCCAUCAUACAAACUUUAUAUGGGAGGAAAGUCUUCUUAGAGACAUUUUGUCUUCCUGCUGGAGGAAAUCAAGUGAUCACAGCCGUUUUAGCUCAGAGCUACUUUAGCUCAGUCUUUCUUUGUUCUUCUAGAAACCAUAUUGCCUACAGGAUCAUGUGAAUGAGGAGGGUUUACAAACACUGCAAGGCUGUGACUCUGUGGGGUCUGAGUUUACAUAAAACAUGAAUAACUUCAUUCACUUACCUCUCUAAACCCUAAAAAUGAACAUGGAUCUUUGAGAUUAACCUUGGUUUCUAUUGCUGAAUAAUUUGGCACAGUUGUCAACCUCUAAAUCUGAAUCAGGCGACAAGAAAGUAAAGAGCUGGACUAACUUUUCUCUUGCAACAACACAUUCAGUCAUAGGUGUUAGGCAUGUGAGUGUAGGAGGAUUCAUCACAGGCCCGAUGUGCCACAACCCGGGGCUAGAGAGGGCCCAGAGUCAAGCUUGACACGUCGGCACACAUUGACAAGGUCGAGCUCAGCGGUACCUCUUUUGUUUGGGCCUCUUAACCACUGGAAAAACACAGGGAGACCACCUGGGGCUUUUAGGCCUUUGGGACAUCCACAGCAGGACCAGGGGCUUUAGGCAAUAUCUGCUACCUAUUACCUGCCCACAGAUAGGCCUUUUAGACUGGCUCCGUGCAGGUUCCGGUUCCUAAACCUAAAUUUGAACCGUGAAAAAAUUGGUUCUGAAGCUGAGAAGUUGGUUCUCAGCUGGCACCAAAAAUAGGUGGUUCUGUCUUUGGAACCGUGACAUCAUCAGUGGGCGUAUCACAUUCUAGGUUGUGAAGAAGAGCAGAAAAUGAAGAAGUGGUCUGCUGGGGAGGCAAAAUGUUUGGUUGUGAUGUGGGCAUUGACAGAAUUCCAGGUGAAGCUGGAGAGUAGAACAAGGAAGAGCAGGUUUUAUGCAGAACUUGUGGAAGAGAUGGCAAAGGCUGGGUUCACCUGAACACCAGAACAAAUAAUAAAGUCAAGAAACUGAAGAAGGAUUACCGGGACAGCAUUAAAGUAGAGCAGGAUGUGGUGACACAUAUGCAUCAUGUCCUCCCUCUUUGGUUCUGCUUAAACUGGUGUGAACACGGGCCAGUUUGCCAGAAAGCACCAAGGUUCUAAGACUCCAAAAUGGAACUAGAGCCAGACCAGAACUGCGUCCAUCUUAAAACACCCACAGUAACAUAGGCAAUUGGUUCCCAACCCUGUACAGUAAGCUGGAUCUGGUGAACCAGUACAACAAGAUGAAGUCUAAACAAGUUAAGCUCAAGACCUCCAACUAAAACUUUUUUUACAUUUUUAUAGACUGAUGGUUGAGUGUAAAAAGCCCAUGUCAGACCAAAUAUUCACAAUGCAACCAAACCAGUGCAGACCAUUUAAGGGAACCAGGUCAGCUGAUGGCGUUGUCUGUGAUUCAUUUUGUCAAGUUGGCAGCAGCUGGUUUAGUUGUGUUAAUUGUUUUAACAGCCAAUCAGGGCCCAGAGAAGAACAGUUUUGGCUCACCUGUCACCAAGAAGUGCACAUUAUUGUCCACCAAUCUACUGGUUAAUUACAGCCAUGGUAGUUAGUGUUUGCUCGGAUCAUUAGAGAUGACAACGAUUCCUCUAAAUUGUGAAACUACUCCAGGAAUUACCAGGAGAAAUUGACUAACGCUGGGAUAUUUCUGUCCACAAGCUCACUGCAUAACCACUGAAAUAGUUCAUAGAAACAUCCAGAAGGCUUUUGGUAUGACAAACAUUGGUAGACAAUAUAUUCUUAUGGUUUUAUCUAUGAAAUAGUUGAAACUGCUGCUGAUUUUUGACAGUCUAGUAAUUCCUCACAGACCUAGGCUUUUCUUCACUGUAACCUAAAGGUGUGGUUAUUUUUUCGACCAAUCUUAUGCAAGGACAUCUAGAGCAUGACAGGGGUUGUGUUAAUCCUCCUUCCUGCCCAACGGUGCCCUCAGGUUUCUCAAUUUCUUGCCCCACAUGGCUAAAUCUUAUGCACAGUACUGUAUGUCAGUCAAAACUUGAGCUGCCAAGCCCACAAAGUCUUGAAAAUUUGUCUGAACUGCAAACCUUUUAAUGUCAUCCUGUUUGCCUGUGUAACAACAGAUCCGAGUUAGUCCAACAGGUGACUUCCUCUGCUAUGACCAGUAGCAGAUAUUAAACAGGGACGAUGUUUAUCCUACUCUGAUAUUAAACUGAUGCAUUUGUGCAUCCCUGUUUAAAGGCCAUGAUUUAAAACAACCCAAGAAAAUAAGGAAGGCAUCUCCUCUCUUCUUUCUGUCAUUCUUCUUGGAUUAAAUCAGUCCUGUAACACUCCUGUAUUAUAGUGUAUAUAACAUGUGCCUUGAUCCUUCUGCCUUAAAGUUUACAGUCACGUUUUAAGCACACAUAAUGCCUCCAGCGAGAUCAGGCGAGUGCUAACAAAGGUGGACACAUGCCUGUUAUAAACCUGCUGUAACUACAGGGAACAAAGCUCUUUCUAAAUGACAGCAGAAGCAGAAUAAUCACAUUCCUGGUGCUGUUUGUUUCUACUAUUCUGGAAAUGAAACUUAAAUGUAGAAACAGAAGGGCUAUCGGUCUGGAAAACUCUCACUAUGAGUACAUUAAGUUGUUCAUUAUAAAGGAAUGGUGAUCAUAUUGUAGAUUUUUUUACAAUGAACUGCAUUUUUUGGAUGUGUACAUUUGUACAGCCAGUUUAAACAAACUUCAGUUAAGACUGUGUGUAUUGUCAUGUACAUUUUUUUAGUCUCUGACUCGUAUUUUGUGCUGAAUGGAGCUGAUGUGCAGCAGAUUUUUUACAGCACCACAGGGCUCCAAAAACUGAUUUUUGCUGAAGCAAUAAGAACUGAUGAUGUGAUCAAUAAUUCUGAUGUACUGUAUGUGUUUGUCUGUUUGGUUAAAUGCUCUUUUUGUUGUUGAUUUUUUUUUGUGAACUUCAAUCAGCUCGACAGCGUGCAGGCAUCGGCUGAUCCGUGCCUCGUGUUCCUCUGAGUGACGGACUGUGCAUCAUUUUGUACAUAAAACAUGAAAUGACUGUCAGGAGUUUGGGAUUUUGUUAAAGAUGUUCUGAUUUGUUUUUCACUGUUAUUUGCUGGAGAAUGUGAACUUUUCUGUGAACAUUUGUAAA